UCUUCCAAAAACCAUUUUCUCUCUUUAAUAUUCUUUUUUCUUCUUUCUUGAUACUACUAUUUUUCAUUUUCUUUUCUUCCUUCUCUCUUGAGGAGGAGGAGCUCAGUAUCAGGAAAACAGCUAAAGAUCUAUGCCCUUGAAAAGGAACAUCGUAGUACCAAGUAGUUACUGUUUAGGGGUAGUAUUUGUUUGUGACUUGCUUCAACUACUGCUCUCAAGUCAAAUCUGCCAAACCAUCCAUCUAUAGUUAAAAACAAGGCUGACCCUGGUAGGUUUUGGUGUCGUUAGCUAAUCCCAGAAAGGGUUUCCCUUUUUGGUCUGGUCAGUGGAAUCCAGGUAUGAAUCCUUUAGGUUCAUCAGUGAAGGAGGAGUUUCCUGCUGGAUCUAGUUCAUGGUAUUCAGAUGAGACUUUUUCUUCGGCCACUCCUCAGCCAAUGGAGGGGCUUCACGAGUCUGGCCCUCCACCAUUUCUCACUAAGACUUAUGACCUUGUGGAUGAUCCAAGCACCGAUCAUAUUGUCUGUUGGAGUAAAGGUAACAACAGUUUUAUUGUUUGGGAUCCACUGACAUUUGCUAUGAACUUUCUUCCUAGGUACUUCAAGCAUAACAAUUUCUCAAGCUUUGUCAGGCAGCUCAACACUUAUGGUUUUAGAAAGGUUGAUGCAGAAAAAUGGGAGUUUUCUAAUGAAGGGUUCUUAAGGGGGCAAAGGCAUCUUUUGAGAAAUAUUAGGCGAAGAAAGACACCUCCCCAUCUCCAAUCUUCCAACCCAAAUUUAGAGUCUUGUCUUGAAGUGGGAAGGUUUGGAUUAGAUGCUGAAGUUGAUCGGUUGAGGCGUGACAAGCAGGUGCUAAUGCUGGAACUAGUAAGGCUUAGACAGCAACAACAGAAUACUAAAGCCUACCUUAAAACAAUGGAGCAAAGACUACGAGGAACUGAGAAUAAACAGCAGCAGAUGAUGACAUUCUUGGCUAGAGCAAUUCAGAAUCCUAGAAUCCUUGAGCAGUUAGUCCAACAGAAGGACAAAAGGAAAGAACUUGAGGAAGCAAUUGGCAACAAAAGGAGGAGGCCAAUCGAUAAAGGUCCUAGCUUUAGUGUUGGUGUAGGAGAAUUUGGUCAAGAAGGGGAAGAAGUUAACGAUUAUGUCAAACUAGAAUGUCAGGAUUAUGGUCAUGACCUGACUGGACUUACCGAUUUUGAGCUGAACACACUUGCAAUAAACAUGCAAGAGCCAACUCCACCUCCAAUGAAUUUGGAGGAAGAGUAUGUUGGAAAGGAAGACGACUCAUUUGAUGAUGGAUUUUGGGAUGGAUUGAUUCAUGAGGGCAUUGAAAAUGACAUAGGUUUGCGUGGUGGUGAAGGAGAAGAUCUAGAAGAUUUGGAUUUGUUAACCGAUCAGCUUGGUUUUCUGGGUUCUAAUCCACCGUAAAAGCCUCCCUCAACCUAAAUCUGUUUGGUGGUUGCUGAUCCCGACUUACUUGGGAUGCAAUACGUUUGUGGAAAAGCAAACUCACAGUUCAGCUGGUGUAUGGAUUAAGGCAUUUAACUUGUGAAGGUUAUGAAGUUAUUUAUUCAGCAUUGGAAUUCUUCCAGAAAUCUGACAAUCUUGGAGCUUCAGUAAUUGAUUGCAACACUAUGUUUAGCUUCUGUAAUUUAUUGCAACACUAUGUUUCAUAUCUGCUUUUGGAUUCCUUCUUGGCUGUAUUGCACUGCUUCUGGGAAUAGUACUUGUAGGGAGGUCUUUAAGCUGAA